AUGACUUAUGUCCGCAACUACGGGACACCAGACUUAUUUGUUACUUUUACGUGUAACCCCGAAUGGCCUGAAAUUAAAGCGGAACUAUUAACUGGACAACGGUCUUUCGAUCGUCAUGACAUAAUUUCAAGGGUAUUUCAUUUAAAGAUGAAAAAAUUCAUAAAAUUAUUCACAAAAGAUGAAAUAUUCGGCAAAGUGAAAUGUUACAUGGCAAGUGUGGAGUGGCAGAAGCGGGGCUUACCUCACUGUCAUUUGCUGUUUUGGCUAGAAAGAAAAAUACAGCCAGACGAAAUUGAUAGUUUCAUAGUUGCAGAACUACCCAACCAACAAAAUGACCCGAAAUUGUACGAUAUCGUGACUAAAAAUAUGGUGCACGGUCCAUAA